GCCCUUCCCCUCACGGCGCCGCCGCCGCCGCCGCCGCCUCGCCCGCUCGACCUGUGGCAGCGGGGCGGCAUGAGGAGAGCCGGGGUCGGCUGGCGGGGCCGCAGCUGAGGCGCGGCGGCCGCCGCCGCCAUGUCGUUGUUGUGCGUGAGAGUAAAAAAAGCUAAACUCCAAGGACCACCAGAUAAAUUCAAUACAUAUGUGACCCUGAAAGUGCAAAAUGUGAAGAGCACGACAGUAGCCGUGCGAGGUGACCAACCCUGCUGGGAACAGGACUUCAUGUUUGAGAUCAGUCGGCUGGACCUGGGCCUAAUUGUUGAAGUAUGGAACAAAGGACUGAUCUGGGACACCCUGGUUGGGACCGUGUGGAUUGCUCUGAAGGCCAUUCACCAAUCUGAUGAGGAAGGUCCUGGGGAGUGGUCUACGCUGGAGGCAGAAGUUGUAAUGAAACAUGAUGAAAUCUGUGGAACCAAAAACCCGACUCCUCAUAAAAUUUUGCUGGACACAAGAUUUGAAUUACCUUUUGAUAUCCCUGAAGAAGAGGCCAGAUACUGGACCAGAAAAUUAGAACAAAUAAAUUCACUGGGAGAUGAUGAGUAUUCCUUUCAGGAGGAAGUCCAGAAGAAACCAUUGCCCAGUGCUGCCUCCCAGUGUUGCAACUGGAGUUAUUUCGGAUGGGGAGAGCAGCUGACCUUUGAAGAUGCUGACAGUGCUGUGGAUGAUCGAGAUAGUGACUAUCGCAGUGAGACAAGUAACAGCAUUCCUCCUCCGUACCACACGACUGUGCAGCCCAAUGCCUCUGUGCACCAGUUCACUGUACCAUCACGCCUGCAGCAGCAAGGGGUCUUGCGGGAAUCCUGUGCUGACUCCCUACAAAAUUAUGAUCUGGAUUAUCAGGAGCAUGUGGCCAUCAGGCGAUAUGAUAGCAUAGAUUCCACUGUGAGUGGCCGAACUGACCUAGAGACCACAUCUGAGUCUAGUCAAAUGACAAGCCGCCAGUGCUCGCUAGGGAGCAGGCGCUCUCUAGAUCUGUCUGAUAGACAAGGAUCUCUAGCUAGAAAUGAAAGAGUCAGGAUCAUUCCAUUUAACUCUGAAGAUGGAGAAGAAGAACAGGAGAGUAAUUAUGAAGAGCUAGGAAAACUGCUGAUAGAGGAAUUCUUAGAAAAGAGUCAUAAAAAUAGAAGUUGGCAGGAAACCAACAUAAAAAAGAUGCAAACUCUCUCAAAAAGAGAAAAUUUCAAUCACUGUGAAAGGUCAAGGUGCUGCCAAAAUGUGUGUGUGGAGUCAGGGUCUGUAGAUGUCCCUAGGUAUCCUCAGGAAUAUGAUACAAUAGAUAGGAGAAGGAAAAAGAAGCUGCGAUAUAAUUUGGAAGAGAGUGAACAAAUAAGCCUGCAAAGUAAUGAAGGUCUGCAGUUUCCCGGACAGAAAACAGUUUAUUUCAAUGGUCUGGCAACUAGUUCUGAACCUGAUGAUGAUUUCCCAGUAUAUGACAGAACUGGAAAAUAUACCAGUAGCUCUGAAAGUAAGGAACGGUUGCCUGCUUAUCCCAUCCUGCGUCCAUACAAAAAUGGCUUAAUGGUUAAAAGCGGCAAGUUGCCCAACAAGCAGGGAGUGAACCAUGAGGGCUCACUUCACCUCAGUAACAGUGAAGACAUGAAACUCAUAGGGAUGCCAGAUAACACUUUUCUGCCUGUGGAUAUCCUUGAGGAAUUUGACAGCAGUGCUUCUGAUGAAUUCCAGUACUCUCCUGUUUCAGAUGAUGAAAUGGAGGAACUGGCUACGCUUUCACAAACGUGGUGUGAUUCUGACAUCAGCCAUUUGAGAGACUUCACUGUUAAUUACCCUGCAAAUCUGGGCUCCCAGUUAAAGGCUAGCACUGAUAAAAAACACAAGACUAAAGGGAGCAAGCAUGGUCAUCCUGUGCAAGACUUAACAUUGUCUCCUGUUGAAGAACCCAGCGAGGAGUAUAUAGACACGAUGGAUGAACUUCAGUGUCUGGUAGAAUCAGUUUCAGAAUACUUGGCUGAAAAGGAGGAAGAAAUCAGUAAAUUUGGUACAUUGCCAGAGACCAGAAAAAGUAUUGAGAGCAUGUCACUGAAGCAGGAUAAUGCUGAUAAUUCAGUAGAAGGCAGGAAGUCUGAACAGACCAAACAUCCUGCUGCAGAGGAGGGUACCAAGGGCAAAUCUGAAUCUCUCCCAGACCUGUCAGGUGUGAAAAAUACAGUGAAUUCCCUGUUCAGCUCUUUCACUGAAAAGGUGGGGUCAAGCACAAAGCAGCUCACAGCCUCUGUUGAAAAGCUUGUUUCUUCCACUCCAGAGAAGACAGAAACCAGAAACUCAUCAGAAAGUGGAAUCUCAAAUGUAUUUUCUAUUAAGUCCAAAAGUGAGAGUCCAUCUUCUGGAGUGACAGCAGACAAUAAAGCCGACACCAAGUUCUCUAUUCACUCUUUGCUACCAUCCCAGGUGAGCAGUGAUAAAAGAGCCCAGAACAUAAAUUCCAACAAGCCAGAAACCACCGAGAUGGACAGUAAGGCUUCCACACCACAUCAUCUCCAGCAAUCACAAGGAACUACCACCAGCAGCCAGCAGAACCAACAUUCAGUUAUGAAUUCUGUUCUAGGCAUGUUUAAUCCUUUAAAGAUCUUCUCUGAGAAGGAAGUGCCAAAACAAGAAGUCAUAAAAGACGAGCACACCAAGGAGGACAGCCAUGCUGUGAAAGUUGAUGAGGCGAACAAAAGUGAGACGCCAUCUGGACAAAUGGCAGCCAGGACCAGCAGUGUUACUCUGGAGAUUCGGCCAAAUGAGACUAAAAACGAGGCAGAGGUGAACGCAAAUAGCACUUCUGUGGCUUCAAUCUUUGGCAGGCUCACAAACUCAGUCAGCUCCUUCAGUUUGAAAGCCAAUUUUGAUGGUCUCUUGGCUCCCAAGCAGCAGGAUGUGCCACAAAAGCAGUCAGAUUUGCAUCAUGUUACAGAUCAGCCAGAUGCCACUGUGAAAGAGGGUGCACCCACUGCUAGGGAGGAGCCUCCUGCAAAUCGCUUAGGGGAUCAGCAACCUACAGGUCAUGGACUGGGAAACAAGCAAAACAGAGCUAAUGUGGAACUUAAUUCACAGCCUCAAGAUCAGGGUACAGCAUCUGAAAGCUUUUUCAGUCCACUCAAAAAGUCUUUCAGUCAAUUGUUGCUUCCUUCUGCCGAACAAGGGCAGAAGGAAAGUACAUCCGGGCUUUUUAAAGGCCAUAAGUCUGAGGAGGAUAUAAGACAGAAUAGUUCAUCAAAUGAAGAACGUUCAUUUCCUUUCACUGGGAAACUUUCUUUUUUAAGUGGGUUGGGUUUUUCAGAGAAGCAGGAACAUAAGAAUGAGAAAGGAGGCUUUAUUCCUUCAUUAUUUAAAUUUUCUUCUGCAGAAAAUCUAGCACCUUCACAGGACCAAAGAAGUCAUCAGAGUUCUAGUGGCAUUUCUUUGCUUGAAGACAAAACCAGUAAUUCAGAAAAUGCCAUUUCAUUAAAAUCUAGCUCUGUUCCAAGUUUAUCAGACCAUAAAGAUGAACAAACAAAAAACGUGACUAAAGAAAACCUAUCCAGUGCCCAAGUAAAUAUUAAAAAACACCACGAGAGUGCCUCUGCUACCUUUAAGGCUGCAGGAGAGCAGCAGAGAACUGAGAGUACUCAGGAAGAACAUCAAAAUGUAAAAGGAGGAUUGACAAGAGAAGGAAUAAAUGCACCAGACUUCAAUGACAACUCAGUUGAAUCCACCUCUUCAGCCAGAGGGCCAGAAGCUGCAAGUGCAGAUGAUAUGCAGAAGAAGCACACACCAGGUUUUCUUUCUGGGUUUCUUCGCAUUUCUUCCAAUGAAAACACAGCCAGUAAUCAAGACUUGACUGUUAAAAGUGAGAAUGAUGGCCAGAAAAGCACUUCUCCUGGAUUAUUUUCUGGUUUAUUUAAAUUUGCUUCAAGUGAAAACUUAUCUGAAUGUAAGCAAGAGAAGGUGAAAACAAACUCUCUAGGCUUCAUGAAGCUUUUUGAUAGAAGUGAGGAUUCUAGCUCAGAGACAAAACCUGGCAACUCAGGAAUGGCUUCUGACCCUCAAAGCAGCACUGUAGAAAAGCAGGAAGCUUCUAGCUUCUUAAAAAAUCUCCUGCCCAAACCAAAGGAGAAACUGGAUAAUAUGAAAACGAUGGAAUCUUCCAAAACUACUGAUCACCUGUCCAGUGCAAGAGUAAAUAAAACACCUGAGCCCCAUGUUCCCCACUGUGGGCAUCCUGUGUCCCCUGAUGCUCUAAAUCCUCAAGACAAAGUACAGGACUUAUCUGGAAAGCCUAUAAAUGGUAGGCAUAUCCCUUAUCAGGAUGCAGAAUCUAGAGUUUUUCCAAAUCUUUUAAACAAAGAAUCAAAUGAAUUUCUCAAUUUGACUAAUAAAAGCUAUAACCUUACAGAGCAGUACUCAGCUUAUCAGGAAACAAGAAGCCAUUCUAGCUUUGAAUGGGAAUAUGAAGUGGGGGAACUGGCUGACACUCAUGAAAUAGCAGUACCAGUUUACUACGUGUUAAACCAGAACUCUGUUCUGCCCCCUCAGUUCUUGGACUGGCCUGAAAAUGAUAUGGUAGUGAAUCUCUGUAAAAAGGAUGGAAAUGCAAAUGUGAUGGAUUGGCAGACUAAUGCUAAUUUUGAUGGACAGAGUUUAGAUUUAAGUGUGAUGUCAUAUGAGUCAUUUGACCAGUUAAUGUUUCAAGAUGUUUGCUCAGAAGAAAAUGAUGCAUGGACUUCUAAUUCUCGAAAUGAAAGUUAUAGUAACUUUCCACCAUUUGAAAGAGAUGGCAGUUACUCAUUAGGAGAGUUACCCAUGGAUUUAAGCUACUCCUCUGGCUGUGAUGGAACUAUGUGGACUCUAAUUGACCAAGAGACUUUAAGUAUGGAUGAAAGCUUUAUGUACUCAUCCUAUAGCCAGGAGUAUCAGGAGUGGCUAAUGAUGCUUGAGCAGGGUAUAUGGUGGCCAUCAGAAGAUGGUGAUUGUGGAUACUACAUGUACAGUGAUAGCCAGUAUGUGUAUUCGCUGCUCACUGAUCCCACUGGGCAGUAUGUCUAUGUGUGUGCUCCUGAAACAUAUUCCUACCCAGACUGCUGGGAUUAUAAUUUUCAGGUGGAUUCCAUUCCAAGAGCUGUGCUAGAAGACAACACAAUUGCUGUUUGUGGUUUUAAAGUCCCUCUUGGCAGUGAAGAUGAGCUGUUUUGGUUUGCUGAAGAAGAGUCUUUAGGUGAUUAUACAACAAAUAAACCCCUGGAUUUGUCAGUAGCUUUGCAGAGGAGCGAUCAGCUAAUGCACAUGAAUUUGGAGACUUUUUCACAAAUGUUUGAGGAGUCUAUUUAUUAUCAGAGAGAGCAGCCGUUAGACUUCUCAGGUUAUAAACUUCAAAAACUCAAAGUAGAUUUUAGACCUGAGAAGGAAACCCAGAAUUAUUCAGAGGAGCCUCCACUAACCCUUGAUCUCAGGACACAUUCCAGAGCAGCUUUCAAUAAAUCGCUGAGUAAGGAAGUCCACACCAAGGAGGUAGAUAAGGCUGUCCCAGUGACAACUACUGGGAGUGGGUCAUCAGGAUUCUUUGGUUUCCAUCUGUUUCAAUCUACUCCUAAAGCUGAAGAAACUGCGGCAUCUACUGAAAGAGUAACAGAAGCAAAAAAGACUGAGGAAGAUAAGAAAACUCCAGUGAACAAGGUUAGCUCUUUAUUUUCUGCUUUGGGUGGACUAAUUGGAAAGACUUCAGGUCCUGGCCCUGAGACAUCAGAAGAUUCUGCCUUGAAGAGAACAGACACACAGUCAAAAUCAUCUGAAAAUAAAACUGAUGUUUUAUCACUUGCACCAAGUAGAAAAUUAGAUGAGGCACAAGCAGGGCAAAAGUUUCCUGUUGUAUCAGAACUGAGAAGAAAUACUUCAUCAGAACUUAGUUUGGAGGCUGCUAGAAACGAAAAGCCAGAAUUAAAUCAGAAUGAAAACAUCCAUGUUAAAAAAACAGGAUUAACAAAAUCUCCCUCUCAACUAAGCCAACCCACUCCAGAUGGCAGGCCCAUACGAGAAGAGAGACCUGUUAAAGCAACGCCAGCUUCCAUGCAUCUUGAAGGGCAGGCAAGUAUUAAUGAACCUAGUCAGUCACAGCCAAAUCAGAGCCACCCAGCAACUGAGCCUGAGGAGACAUUAUUUAAAAGCGCUCUGAAAUUGUUCAGUCUUGGAGAAAAUUCUCCUGCAAGCUCAACUGCCAACAAAACACAAGCUUCUGGAUUUUUUGAUUUCUUUAAAACACAAGUAAGCAAAGCACCACAGCCAUCACCAGAUUUGGAAAAAAGUCAAAGUGAUAAGCCAGAAAAGGUGAUACAGCCAGAACAGAAGGAAACCUCCGGCAUCUCAUCAUUAUUUGGAUCCCUUGGAGAUCUCUUCAAAGUGGAGGCUGUAUCUCCUCAACCAACCUCAAGUACUACGACUCUGCCAAAAAACAAUAGCAGAACUGUGGCUGAGUCGAGACAAAAAACUGAGAAGUCUGGAGGUCUUCAGAGUGCCAGUAUGCCAUGUCUGUCCUCCACCCCUAAGGAAGGGGUAAGAACAGAAGGCAUGGACAGGCAGGUCUCUUGUAGCCCUGGGGUGCAAAUGGAACAACAAAGCAGAAAAGCUGAGGAGGAGUCUCCUGGGAGCAAAAAAGUGCCUCCUGGAAACACUUCACAGAAGCCAAUGGGUGUAGGUCCCAAAAUAAGCCAAGUGAGUCAGUCAGCUGUGCAGCAAAGCACAGUUACACCAAAGCAACAAGGAGGAAAUCGUUUAGGAGGCACAGUUAAUCAGGCAAAACCGAAGCCAGAUCAGACUGCUAAAGAGUCGGGUUUCAGUUUGCCAUUCAGCUUUUCUGGUAUCACUACUUCAAAAUCACAGCCAGCCCAGCCAGCCAGUAGGAGCAUAUUCUCCUUCUUCACUGGAUCAGACGAACCAAAGCCUUCAGCACCUGCUCCUGCUCCUGCUAGUGGGAAGCAGCAAGAAACAGAGGGGCUGUUUCAUCUGCCCUCCUUCUUCUCCAGUGGUCCAGCUGUUGAGAAGAGCAUACCUCAAAGAAGUACUAGCUUUGGCUUCUUCAAUUUGACAUCCUUUUUGGAUGAAAAGCCACAAACUGCUCCAGGACAGGAGAACAACACAAAACCAGCUAAACCAGUGAACUCUAAGCCAUAUGUGAAGCAAAGUAUUUCCACUGAUUCUGGUGUCAAAAUUAGCAGUUCUGCCAGGCAACAAGAUGCAGACAAUGAAAAAGAAGUUGAUGAUAUUAUUGCAGCAGUGACUGGCAAGCAAAUGUCUAAUAACCUCACAAUCCCAGAAAAUAAAUCAGAAAUGCUGGCAGUGGAAAAUGUAGAAAGUGUUGCUGAGGUAGCUGAAGAGAGUGAGUUAGAGAAGCUUCCACAGACUGAUGACACUGCAGUAACUAAUUCAGCUGCUUCUGGUCCUUGCCUUCAGACUCCUAGCGUGCAGGAGGGUUCUCAGGGCCAACAGGCUAUUUCCUUAGGGGCAGAAGAAGAUGCGUUGGAUAGCAUGGGGAAAAUGGAGAGUGUUGCAUUUCCUAUUGAUAAAGAGGAGCCUUAUUCUUCAAAAGAAGAAGCUUCUGAAAAGAAAGAUUAUAGCAUGGCCUUAGGUGAUAAAAUGGAUUCCCAGAGUCUAAAUGACUUAAAUAUUCUAAGUGACAUAAAAAAUGAAGGAGUCUCUGAAGAAGUAUGUGUACAGCCUGAGUUGCCAGAACAUAAAUUACCCGAACAAACUCUCGGUGACAGGUUACAACAGGCACAAGAGCUACACUCUUCUUCUAAAAUGCCGGAAGCAUCUAAUUUGCAAAACAAACCUAAGGAAUCUGAGAGUGAUAAAUCAGUACUGGAUUCUUCAGUUGAAAUGUUUUCAAGUUUCAUGACAAAAAUGAAACCACCUAAAACAUUAUCUGGUUUCUUUUCCCAACCUCAAGCUACUGCACCUCCUACUGCACAAAAGAAAAGCUCCUCUUUCUUUGGUUUCUCAUCCCUCCCAAGUGGUCCAGCACCAGCUUUCACAAAUGAUCUCUUUGGCAUCUUCAAAGGUCCAAAAGAAUCUCCAAAAGAGAUGCCUCCAAAAUCCACCCCUAAACCUCAAAGUAGUAGGGUGAAAGAUGUCACUGAUCCAGUUCCAGCAAAACACUCUAGCGAGACAGAAAAUACACCUGCAGCCAGAGAGUCUAAAAGAGAUGUCAUGAGCUCUCUGAAGGAGGAUAUAGUACCUGUUUCAGCAGAAGAGAGCUCCACAAAAGAGUCUCCUAUGAAAACAGAAACCAACGAAAAUAGGAACUUGGAAACCUGUAAAGAGGAACCUUUGAGGAUCACUUCAGAAACAGCAGUCUCUAGUGAAAAUCAAGCCCUCGAGGUUCUGCAGUUGGAUAAUGAUGCACAACCCUCUGAGCUGGUAGAUACUGAGCCAUACCAGUCUGAUUUCAGUAAUGCAGUUGAUACAGUGCAGGCUGAGGCCCCUGACCAGACUGAUGUAAACACUUGCCAAGUAGAUGUGGGGUCUUCACAUGUAACAGAGGAACAGGCUGCUCCUACAGACAAGGCAGCCACUGACACCCUUCAGACUGGCUCUUCUGAUGGGCUUGAACUGGAAAUGGAAGCGCCGACUAAUGGGUCAGACACAAACCUUUCCCAGUUGGACCAGACUGAUACACUUGAAUCAGAGCCUGCUGUUACAGGGGAUCAGGCCAGUGCUGGUACUGAUCAGCAGGACAUGAUCAGUAGUAAUGGUAGAGAACCCACAGCUCCAGCUGAUGAGCACAGUGUUCAUCUGCUCCAGCUGAAUGAAGAGAAGACAAGUCAGGUAGAACAGCAAACUGCUGAACAAGACACACAUUUAGCAAUUGAUGAGGUGCCUGCAGAAGGGAUUGCUUCCAAAUGUGACUUGAAGAAACAGGGUAAACCUAAUAACAUUCCUCCAGAUGCAAACAGUAGUAAAACGGUCUUUGAAAUACCAAACAUGCCCAGUUUGCCAAAAUUCAGCUUCAUGUCAUCUGCUGAUAGUGGAAAGCCAUUUGGGUCAUUCUUCUCUCAGCAGCCACCUUCUGUUAAUAAAGCAGGGGCAGAUCAGGGCCUCAUGUCCAGCUUUAAGAAGCUUUCUUCAACUCUGUUUGAAGGAGGUAGUGAAGAAAAGGUGAGUAAGCCAGAGAGUGCCCAAGGAGCAGUAUUUGGGAAAAAGCUAGAUUUCUCCUUUCCCUGGCAAAAAGACAGCAGGGAGACCUCUGCCAAAAGGGAACCACAUGUACCACCACAGGCUGUGUCAAAACCAGAUGACAAGGUGUUAGGAACAGUCAGUUCAGAUGAAACCUCAAAAUCUGCAGUCUCAGAUCAACUGACUGAUGCAAAUAUAGAAGUAAACUUGUCUUCAAAGCAGCCUGACACUGUAGACAAUGAACUUUCUGAAGAACCAUCUGGUGCAAGCACUGUUGAUGAGACAUCCAACAAAGAGCUGGGAGAGAAGCUUGAUAAAGAGUCAGAAGAUCAGCAGAAUGUGAUUUCAGGUGGACUGCAGAAAGAAGAUCAGGCAGAAGAGCAUGCACCAGAUGAACCUGAACUGAGAGAAACUAAGCUUGAUUCUGCUCCUAAUGGAGCAAUGCUUCAUCCUAGCGCACAGGCUGCAGAUCUGAAUAGCGUGGAACAACUGAAUGAGAAAAGUCCUGCUGACAGUAGUAGAUAUGGCUCCUCUUGUAAUGUCAGCCAGGGAAGCUCUCACCUAAGUGAGCUGGACCAUUCCCAUGAAAGUGCCCAUGGCUCUGAGCAAGAAGAUGAUCACCAGGAAGGGGAGCUGAAUCAUUCCUACCACAGUUCGGGCAGCUACCAGAAGGAUGGUCAGGCAUGGCUCAGGGAGCAAGAGGAGCCUCAUGGUGAAGGAGAGGAGGAGAAGGUCUGCGAGACAGAGGAGAAAUGUGCAGACCAUUCUGCAGCUAAGUUACCUCUGGAACUUGAGAAGCCCAAGGAUGUUGAUGCAGGAGCCCAAGUGAGCUACCAUGGUGACAAUGAGCCACCACCAUUUCCUCCAGCAAGAGCCCAUUGGAUUAGAGCCAUUAGCAAAGUUCGACUGCGGCUUCAAGAGGGUCAAGAUGAGGCUGAUCCAUCAAAACCACCCUGGCUCAAAGGAGGGCCUGCAGGGGGUCUCUAUGGCAUUGACAGCAUGCCUGAUCUACGCAAAAAAAAGCCAAUUCCACUUGUCAGUGAUCUGGCCAUGUCACUGGUUCAGUCCCGGAAAGCCGGAAUUACCUCAGCAAUGGCCACUAGAACAUCUCUCAAAGAUGAAGAGCUGAAAUCUCAUGUCUAUAAGAAGACCUUGCAAGCCUUAAUUUACCCCAUCUCUUGUACAACGCCGCACAACUUUGAAGUGUGGACAGCCACAACUCCUACCUACUGCUACGAAUGUGAGGGGCUGCUGUGGGGUAUUGCACGGCAGGGAAUGCGCUGCGGUGAAUGUGGAGUCAAGUGCCAUGAGAAGUGCCAAGACUUGCUCAACGCUGACUGCUUACAGAGAGCAGCAGAGAAGAGCUCAAAGCAUGGAGCUGAAGACCGCACCCAGAAUUUCAUCAUGGCAAUGAAGGAUCGCAUGAAAAUCCGGGAGCGGAACAAGCCAGAGAUCUUUGACUUGAUCAGAGAUGUGUUCUGUGAGAGCAAAUUGACACAUGCUCAGCAGAUGAAGACAGUGAAGCAGAGCGUGCUUGAUGGCACCUCAAAAUGGUCAGCAAAGAUCACAAUCACAGUGGUGUGUGCUCAGGGUCUGCAGGCCAAAGACAAGACUGGGUCCAGUGAUCCAUAUGUAACCGUUCAAGUGGGUAAAACAAAGAAGAGGACAAAAACGAUUUUUGGGAAUCUGAACCCUGUAUGGGAAGAGAAGUUUUAUUUUGAGUGCCAUAACUCUUCUGACCGGAUCAAGGUGCGAGUAUGGGAUGAAGAUGAUGACAUCAAGUCUCGUGUGAAGCAGAGACUGAAACGCGAAUCAGAUGAUUUCCUGGGGCAGACAAUCAUUGAAGUCCGUACUCUGAGUGGAGAGAUGGAUGUGUGGUACAACCUUGAGAAGCGAACAGAUAAGUCUGCAGUGUCCGGGGCUAUUCGCUUACAAAUCAGCGUGGAGAUCAAAGGCGAGGAGAAGGUGGCUCCGUAUCACAUUCAGUACACUUGCCUUCACGAGAACCUCUUUCACCAUCUCACAGAUGUGCAAGGGAAUGGGGUGGUGAAGAUCCCUGAUGCCAAAGGAGAUGAUGCCUGGAAGGUGUAUUUUGAUGAGACAGCUCAAGAGAUUGUGGAUGAAUUUGCAAUGCGUUACGGCAUUGAAUCAAUAUACCAGGCCAUGACGCAUUUUGCGUGUCUCUCCUCUAAAUACAUGUGCCCAGGCGUGCCAGCUGUGAUGAGCACGUUACUUGCCAAUAUCAAUGCCUAUUAUGCGCACACCACUGCCUCCACAAAUGUGUCUGCUUCGGACCGCUUUGCAGCCUCCAAUUUUGGGAAAGAACGAUUUGUGAAGCUUCUGGACCAGCUUCAUAAUUCACUUCGGAUUGAUCUCUCAAUGUACAGAAAUAACUUCCCAGCCAGCAGCCGCGAACGGCUGCAGGACCUGAAGUCUACAGUGGAUUUGCUGACCAGCAUCACUUUUUUCAGGAUGAAGGUCCAAGAACUGCAGAGUCCACCUCGAGCCAGCCAGGUAGUGAAGGACUGUGUAAAAGCUUGCCUCAACUCUACCUAUGAGUACAUUUUCAACAAUUGUCAUGAGCUGUACAGUCGCGAGUACCAGACAGAUCCUAACAAAAAUCAGGACCUUCCUCCUGAGGAACAGGGCCCCAGCAUCAGGAACCUGGAUUUCUGGCCCAAGCUCAUCACUUUGAUAGUUUCCAUCAUAGAAGAGGACAAGAAUUCUUACACCCCAGUCUUGAAUCAGUUUCCUCAGGAGCUUGCUGUUGGGAAGAUCAGCGCAGAGGUGAUGUGGAGUCUUUUUGCCCAGGAUAUGAAGUAUGCCAUGGAAGUUCUGGAUAACAUGAGCUCAUUCACCUCACCAAGUGCCCCACCUUUCUUUCGCAUACGUAAAGUUCUCUUUUAUGGUGAGCAUGAGAAACACAGACUGUGUAAAAGUGCAGACUAUAUGAAUUUACACUUCAAAGUGAAGUGGCUGUACAAUGAAUAUGUUCGUGAUCUGCCUGCCUUCAAGGGAAAAGUGCCUGAAUAUCCAGCGUGGUUUGAGCAGUUUGUGAUGCAGUGGCUGGAUGAAAAUGAAGAUGUUUCCUUAGAAUUCCUGCAUGGUGCUCUGGAGAGAGAUAAAAAAGAUGGGUUCCAGCAAACAUCCGAGCAUGCUCUGUUCUCUUGCUCAGUGGUGGAUGUCUUCACCCAGCUCAAUCAGAGCUUUGAGAUCAUUAAGAAGCUCGAGUGCCCAGACCCCGUCAUUGUUGCUCAUUAUAAUAGGAGGUUUGCUAAGACUAUUGGGAAAGUGCUGAUGCAGUAUGCUGACAUCCUCUCCAAGAGCUUCGAGUCCUACUGUUCCAAGGAGAAACUGCCCUGCAUCCUGAUGAAUAACAUCCAACAACUGAGGGUGCAGCUAGAGAAGAUGUUUGAAGCCAUGGGUGGUAAAGAGAUUCGGGAAGAUGAAGAAAAGGCUGCUGAUGCUGAUUUGGAUGCAGAAGCAAGUGACCAUCUCAAAGAGCUCCAGGUGAAGCUGAACAAUGUUUUGGAUGAGCUGAGUGCUGUGUUUGGUAACAGCUUUCAGACUCGUAUUGAUGAGUGUGUCAAGCAAAUGUCUGAUAUCCUCUGUCAAGUGAAAGGGACAGGAAAUGUUGCUGCUAAUGCCAGAAACACAGUUGCACAAGAUGCAGAUAAUGUCCUGAGGCCAUUGAUGGAUUUCCUGGAUGGAAACCUAACACUGUUUGCGACUGUGUGUGAAAAGACAGUGUUGAAACGGGUGCUGAAAGAGCUCUGGAGGGUGGUAAUGAAUACCAUGGAGAAGCUGAUUGUGCUGCCUCCUCUUACAGACCAUACGGGCACACAGUUGAUUUUCAGUGCUGCUAAGGAACUGGGACACUUGUCAAAGUUGAAGGAUCAUAUGGUGAGAGAAGAAACUAGGAGUCUCACUCCAAAGCAGUGUGCCGUUUUGGAUCUGGCACUGGAUACAAUCAAACAAUAUUUCCAUGCUGGUGGGAACGGUCUGAAGAAAACCUUCUUGGAGAAGAGUCCAGACCUGCAGUCACUUCGAUACGCUCUCUCUCUCUACACUCAGACCACAGACACUCUCAUCAAAACCUUUGUCCAGACUCAGACAGCUCAGGUGCACGAUGGGAAAGGUAUUAGGUUUACCGCUAAUGAGGACGUUCUUCCUGAUAAGGGCUCCGGUGUGGAUGAUCCUGUGGGUGAAGUGUCCAUACAGAUCGACCUGUAUACCCACCCAGGAACUGGUGAACACAAGGUCACGGUGAAAGUUGUGGCAGCCAACGACCUGAAGUGGCAAACGUCUGGCAUGUUCCGUCCAUUUGUUGAAAUCACCAUGAUUGGGCCCCAUCAGAGUGACAAGAAGAGGAAGUUCACAACGAAGUCAAAGAGCAACAACUGGGCUCCCAAAUACAAUGAAACCUUUCACUUCAUACUGGGAAAUGAAGAUGGCCCUGAUGCCUACGAGCUCCAAGUCUGUGUGAAGGAUUACUGCUUUGCUCGGGAGGACCGAGUACUGGGGAUAGCAGUGAUGCAGCUCAGAGACAUAGCAGACAAAGGAAGCUGUGCUUGCUGGUGCCCCCUCGGGCGCAGGAUUCACAUGGAUGAGACUGGACUUACGGUCCUGAGGAUUCUCUCCCAAAGAACCAAUGAUGAAGUUGCCAGAGAAUUUGUAAAGUUGAAAUCUGAGUCCCGCUCCACAGAGGAAGGCACCUGAGCUGUGUAAUGUUCCCUUUUCUCUUCUGCCUUGUGCCAGUAUGUGCAAGUGUUCAACAAUUCUCUUUUAUUAAUUACAAAAGUUUUUUUUCAUGGUGUCUUUGUCAGCUCCGAUAGCGCACUUGUGCUGUGCAGGAAACAAAUCCGUCAAUCUGAUGUGAAUUAUUUAUUUUUUAGUAGCUGGGUAAGACACCAUAGAGAAUGAGACAGUCUCUUCUUAUUUAAAAUGCAAAUUCUGCUUUGUGUAUAUAAAUUAUUUUAUAUUGGAGGCUGGGUAUGCUGGGUUUUGUUGAUAUGCAGCACUGUGAUUUUAUCCUCUGAAGCUGGCAGACAUUAAAAAGGUUCUACAUAAUCACACUAUGAUACAAACACACAACUGUGUGGAAAUUGGGAGAAUAAUAAUGAUUUGGGGUUUUGUCAAAGCACAGUUAUCUCUCAUUGAAUUCGUGUACUGUGGAGCCGCCAGGGGAUAUUCUGGCACAGAUUAUACCAAUGUCCCAAUGUGAUAUGCAGACACCUCAAUGUCUGCUUAAAAGAAUAAGUUGCAAAUUGCUCUGAAGAUGCACACCAAAUGAAUGUAUGACCAUGGAUGUGCUGCUGUGAGCAUGGGCGAGACCACUGGGACAAGUGCAGAGGGGCCUAAGAGCUCAUAGCCAAAAGCUGCAAAGGCAACACACCAGGAGCAGACUGCAGCUGCUCUGCUGUUGUUAUUAGAUGGUGUGUCUCAGAGAAUAUAAAUCCCCAUGUGCUGCUGGGGAUCCUUUAUCACCAUGGGUGUGCGGUAAGCUGCUAAACUCCACAUUCACACUUUGGCUACCGUGACCGACACGGUAAGGAAGGGAACAACUUUAGAGCCAUGACAGAUAACAUGGCUGCUAUGUAUUUUUUCCACUUCAAUAUUCUUUUGUUAGUUUUUUGAAAUAGGAUUGGAUAAUUUAAUACUUGCAGGCUUUCUGUAGCAUUUUGUUACCCUGGAGUAGCUGAGACCAUCCUCACUAUGAACCCAGAAAUGACGGCUCGCUUGGGAGAGAGCAACAUGUCUCUCCUCUGCAAGCACUCAGUCUGGAGUGCUGGUCAAGGGGCAGCAGGUCCAUUCAGUUCUGAUCUUGAAGUCACUGUUGGCCGUGCUGCAGUUGAUCCAUGCUGAUUGUCAUUAAUCUGUGAUUUAACGAUACCAUUGAAAAUAUUUUUGCACUGUCUUAAAGAAGCAUCCGGGUUUUGUUUUCUUGCAAAACAAAACACUGUCCUGAGCAAAUUGAUUGCAGGGAGGUCAGAAUUUCUGACUGAAAAUUCUUAAGCAGGAAGGUCUGGAGUACUGAUUGCACCUGAGGUAUGUUUGUUGGAGGGCUUUUUAGUGUUUUGGGGAUUUUUUUGCUAUUUCCAGUUGCCCUUGUGCUCUGGAAAGUGCAGCUGGAACAAGCCAGUCCUUGCCCAUAAAGUACUGUAAUACUGUCAAUAAAUUCAAGGACUGUGUAUUGAAUUACAUUUUUUUUUUCUAUUUUCUCUUGACAUUUGUACAGCUUUAUGAUACAACUCCUGUAUUUCAUGGGCCUGCUUGUAGAGUUCUGAGAUAGCACAUUGGCUUUGUUCUUGUUCGUGGUGUAUUAUAAUAAUGCUCUUCAAAACUCCAUGCUAUUUGUCAUGAAUUUGAAUCAUUGUAUGUGCCAUUGUUAUGAAAGCUGUUAGUACAGUCUUUAAUAAACUCUUUUAGCAGCA